GAGUGUGACGAUCGCUUCUUUGCUGCUUCUAAAGACCCUCCAAAACAUUCGGUUUCCGCGUGCGAAUUUGCUGUAAUUCUUUGAAACUGUGUGUGCGUGUGUGUGUCUGUGUGAAUAAUCUAUAAUUUGCAUAUACAUUUAUCCAAAGGGAUCUAUCAACCAGACUCAAUAUGAGGGAAAUUGUUCAUCUACAGGCCGGCCAAUGUGGCAAUCAAAUCGGUUCAAAGUUCUGGGAAAUAAUUUCCGAUGAACAUGGCAUUGAUCCCAAUGGCUAUUAUCACGGUGAAUCGGAUUUACAGCAAGAACGCAUCGAUGUCUAUUAUAAUGAGGCAACCAGCGGCAAAUUUGUGCCACGAGCUGUUCUCAUUGAUCUGGAGCCAGGCACCAUGGAUUCGGUGCGCCAGUCACCGAUGGGUCAACUCUUUAGGCCCGAUAAUUUUGUAUAUGGACAAUCUGGAGCGGGCAACAACUGGGCCAAGGGUCAUUAUACAGAGGGUGCCGAAUUAAUCGAUUCGGUUCUGGAAGUAUUGCGCAAAGAAUCGGAGGGCUGUGAUUGCCUGCAAGGUUUCCAAUUGGCCCACUCAUUGGGCGGCGGCACUGGCUCUGGCCUGGGCACAUUGCUUAUCUCCAAGAUACGCGAAGAAUAUCCGGAUCGCAUCAUGAAUUCAUUCUCUGUGGUGCCAUCGCCCAAGGUAUCCGAUACCGUUGUGGAGCCAUACAAUGCCACGCUCUCCAUACACCAACUGGUGGAGAACACCGACGAGACGUUCUGCAUUGAUAACGAGGCUCUCUAUGACAUUUGCUUCCGCACGCUGAAAUUGUCAUCGCCCACAUAUGGCGAUUUGAAUCAUCUCGUUUCUGUCACCAUGUCCGGUGUAACCACUUGCCUGCGUUUCCCCGGCCAAUUGAAUGCCGAUUUGCGUAAAUUGGCCGUCAAUAUGGUACCCUUCCCCCGCUUGCACUUCUUUAUGCCUGGUUUUGCUCCCCUAACGGCCAAGGGAUCGCAACAAUAUCGCGCUCUUACCGUGGCCGAGCUGACUCAGCAGAUGUUUGAUGCCAAGAACAUGAUGACCGCCUGUGAUCCUCGACAUGGCCGCUACUUGACAGUUGCCUGCAUCUUCCGUGGACCCAUGUCCAUGAAGGAAGUGGACACACAAAUGCUCAAUGUCCAGAGCAAGAACAGCAGUUACUUUGUCGAAUGGAUACCCAACAAUGUCAAGGUGGCUGUCUGUGAUAUACCACCACGUGGCCUCAAGAUGUCCGCCACUUUCAUUGGCAAUUCGACGGCCAUUCAAGAGAUCUUCAAACGCAUCUCUGAGCAGUUUACCGCCAUGUUCCGUCGCAAGGCCUUCUUGCAUUGGUACACGGGCGAAGGCAUGGAUGAAAUGGAAUUCACCGAGGCCGAGAGCAAUAUGAACGAUUUGAUUUCCGAAUACCAACAGUAUCAGGAGGCAACUGCCGACGAUGAUGUCGAGUUUGAUGAUGAGCAAGGCGAGCAGGAGGCCUACGAAUCGGAGGGUCUCCAAAAUGGCGAUGCCGAAUAACAAUCCGAAUAGAAUUGUGUUCAUAUUAUUUGUUUCUAUCUGUAAAUUAGAUUACAAUUAAAUGGCUUCAAAUACAGAUGUAAUAAUAAUUAUACCAA